AUGCAUGCGCUGAAAACAGCAUUCUACCUUCUGUGCCUCGGUAGCAACACCGCUGCGAAGCUACACCAUCUCUAUGUCGGAUCUUUCAACGCGUCUGCUAUUCACAACGUUGCUUUUGAUGAUGAGACAUUGACCCUAUCGCUUGUUCGGAGCUUUCCUACGUCUGAUCCGCACUACUGGAUUGAUUUUGACUACGAGAAAAAGAACAUAUAUGCUACCUCCGUGUCAAAAUGGACAAGCUACAAGAUCAUGGAUGAUAUGGACAUUGUUCCUGUCCGAUCACUGCCUCUCACUGGAUCUUGUCCCGGCUCGCAAUCAAUCUUCCUAACAAGCUCCUUCCACCCACCUCACAGAGUCUACGGCUCUUCGUUCGGUGGUGCAGCCUCAUGCGGGAAUGUCUUAUCCGUGAACGAAGACGGUCUUUCGGAUAUGAUCCAGGCAUUCGACUAUGGCCCUGGUUCUGGCAUCCACGGACUCGCACUCUCACCCAGUGGUGAGACGAUCUACUCCGCCGAUGAUACAGGAAAUGCAAUUUGGACUCAUAGAGUCGAUUCUCGGACGGGUGAAGUGCAUUUUGUAGAUCGCCUUGCUGCGCCAGUUCCUGGGGCGGAUCCUAGACAUAUUGUUGUUCAUCCUGGAGGGGGUUUUGCAUAUGUGGUGUUUGAGGGGACUAACAGAUUAGCUGUGUAUAGCAUUGAUUUUGACGGAGGGCUGGCAUAUGCGAAUAUUUCAUACCCGUUGAUACCCCCGGACCACAACACUACAGCCUACUGGUCCGACGAAGUAACCCUUUCUCACUCAAACUCCUACCUCUGGGCGUCAUCUCGAUCCCACAUUCCCGAUUCCCCAGGCUACAUAACUGCGUUCACUCUGUCGCCAUCCGGCAAGAUCCAGUCCCAGCUUUUCCUAACCCCCACGUCGUCAUCGGGUGGUAUGGCUAAUGCAGUAAGCCCGAGUGUGUUUAGUGAUGAGUUUGUGGCACUUACAGAUAACGAGAGGGGGUUUGUGCAGAUUUGGAGAUUUGAUGGGGUUGGUGCUGGGGUUGUGGAUACGUUGGAGCUAGCGGGAAAUGGGUGUUGUGCGAAUGCGAUUUGGUAUGAUUAG